AUGGCCGACAUCGUAAGCAGUCCGUUGAUUAAAACCACCCACACGAACGGCACGAACGGCACAAACGGCACAAAUCAAGCCAACGAAGACCUCCAGGAUGUCUUCUUCGACCACAUAGCAAUGUCCGCCAACACACCCGAGCUGGUUCCUGGCCUGGUCGAUCAAGUUGCUUCCCUUGGCAAAGGUGUCCGCCUUCAAGACUACACCGAUCGAACAACACUUUUGGAAGUCGCCCGGUCCCUGGUCUAUGCCCUUGAGACCCCGCGUGAAGUUAUUAUCAGACAUUGUUGGUCCCAGACUACUCUGUUUGCGUCAAUGGAGAUCGCUGUUGAUCUGGGACUUUUUGCGGUCUUGUCUAAAGAUGAGAAGCCCAAGUCUGCUGAUGAGCUGGCGAAGGCCACCGGGGCUGACCCAGUUCUUCUUGCUCGCAUCCUGAAGCACUUGUGCGCAAUGGGGGUCAUCCUCGAGACCGGUCCUAAUGAAUAUCGCCGCACCGGAACUUCCAUUUCGUUGAGCUUGCAACGAUACAGUGGGUCCUACGCAUGCACGACUAACUGCAUCACCUCCGGCAUGCUUGCUCUGCCUGCCCAGCUCAAGAAGAAUGGCUACACUAACCCGGCCAAUGGUAAAGAUUGUGCCUUCCAGCGCGGAUUCAGAACCGAUCUUCACUUCUUCGAGUUCAUGAAGGAGAACCCAGAGAUUGGUGGCCUAUUUAGCAACCACAUGUCUAUCUAUCACCAAGGGCGUCCUAGCUGGAUGGAUGUUGAUUUCUACGACGUGCCCAGCCUGUUCUCGAAUGUCGCACAGGAUGAUGUUCUCCUCGUCGAUGUCGGUGGCGGCAUAGGCCACGAUCUCUUGGAGUUCAGGCGCAAGUGGUCUGCUGCUCCUGGGCGUCUGGUGCUCCAGGACGUGUCCGAUGUGGUUGCACAAGCCAAGACUGGGCAACUGCACCCCUCGAUCGAGGCAAUGGAGCAUAACUUCUUCACUGAGCAGCCUAUCAAGGGUAUCGUUUCCCCCACCAUGACCCACACUCUCAGCUCGGACCAAAGCUAA